AUGGAUUUUUCAUGUGGAUUAAUGUUGGGGUCAAAGGGGGAAGAAGUGUUGGGUAAUUCAACAAGGGAUAGUUUUGAGCUAAAAUCAAGUGGGUCAUCAUUUUCCAAUGGUCAACAUACCUAUAACAAUGACAAUGGGUGUGAAGAUGUCGGUAAUGUGGCCACUCAGUUAAUGGUUGAGUAG